AUGAGUACAUCGAAUCAUUCUAAUGAUGAACAAGUACGUAUUCUUGUUUUGAACGAAGGCGAAGAUAAAAGUGAAGAACUCUAUCGAUUAAAAAAAGGUUGGACACUUCAAAUAAAACUAUCUGCUAAUUUAUCAUGGAGAAAAGUUCGAAUAUUCACCAAUGCUUGUCUUAAUGAAGAAGAUAAAUUUGAACGAAAUACUUAUCAUGAAUUAAAAUGGAUUUAUCCAUCAUCUGGAAAAUAUGAUGAUUCCGAUCGUUAUGUUUCAUUAUCAUGUUGUAAAUCGGGUUCAUUUCAUUAUUUUUUUACUAUUGAUAGAACAACAAUAAAAGAAAAUAAAAAUGGUCAAGGUUAUUUUCAUAUUGAACCAUAUUUAAUUUGGCCAGAUGGAAGUGGUGAAGUAUUAGAACAAGAAUAUAUAACAUGUCAAUCAGUAUUAUCAAAAUCCUUAGGUCCUUUAUCGGAAUGGUUAUCACGUAUUGAAGUAACACGUCAUUCAGGUUAUAAUAUGAUACAUUUUACACCAAUUCAAUAUCUUUAUAAUGUAUCAAAUUCCUCAUAUUCAAUAAGUGAUCAUCAUAAAUUAAAUUCAAUAUUUGAAGGUACAUAUGAAGAAAUAAAAAUAUUAAUUGAUAAUAUGGCUAAAGAAUGGAGAGUUUUAUCAAUAACUGAUCUUGUUUAUAAUCAUGUAGCAAAUAAUUGUGCUUUACUUCAAGAUCAUCCCGAAGCUGCUUAUAAUUUAGUUAAUUCUCCACAUUUAAAAUCAGCUGUACUUAUUGAUUCAAUAUUAAUGCAAUUUACUCGUGAUGCAAGUGAAGGAAAACUUUUAUCAAUAGGUAUUCCAGAUGAAAUAAAAGAACAUCAUUUACAAUUAAUUCGUCAUUAUUUAUUGAAUGAAAUAAUUCCUCAAUAUCAUAUAGAAGAAUAUUAUAUAUGUGAUAUAAAUAUAAUUGUUGAACAAUUUAAUAAUAAAUUAUCUUUAUUAAAUGAUUGUCCUGAUAAACCAUUAUAUUUAAAUGAAAAUAUAAUUGAAAUAAAUCAUGGAAAAUAUCAAAGAAUGAAAAGUUUUGUUGAUCUUGAUUUAUGUGAAAAAAUAUAUUAUUAUAAAAGAGAAAAUAUAUCAACAAAAGAACAAUGGAUUGAUGCAGCAUGUAAUGCAUUACGUUAUCGUCUAGAUAAUUUAAAUAAUUUAAUUAAAGAUAAAUUAAAUAGUUAUUUAAAUCGAGCUAUUGAUAAUUGUAUUGCUUCAUGUCGUUAUCAUUUUUUUUCAUCUGAUGGACCAAAUUAUAAAAAAUUAUCUUUACCAUCAACACCAUUUGUUGGAAAUUAUUUUUAUUAUCCAAAUGGAGAAUUUAAACAUCCAGAUGAUAUUAAUAAAUUAAUUGAAUAUGAUUAUAAUUAUCAAUUAUAUAUUAUGGCUCAUAAUGGUUGGGUUAUCAAUGAUGAUCCUCUUAGAUGUUUUGCUGAUGAAGGUCAAUAUGUUUAUUUAUGUCGAGAUUUAAUUCAAUGGUCUGAUUUAAUAAAACUUCGUUUUGGUUCUCGAUGUGAAGAUUGUCCAUCAUUAUAUUCAUAUAUGAAAGAAUAUACACGUUUAAUAGCAAACACAUUUCAUGGUUGUCGUCUUGAUAAUUGUCAUUCAACACCAUUAUGGUUUGCCCAACAAAUGAUGGAUUAUGCUAGAGAAAUAAAUCCCAAUUUUUAUAUUAAUGCUGAACUUUUUACAGGAAAUAUGUCAAUUGAUAUUUAUUUUAUUCAUCAAAUUGGAAUUGAUUCUUUAGUUAAAGAAUCUUGGAGAGCAAAUAAUGCAUAUGAAUUAGGUCAAUAUGUAUCAUUAUAUAGUGAUGGUGAUCCAAUUGGUUCAUUUGUUAAAAAGAAAAGUGAAAAAUUAAUAUCAAUUAAACCAUAUUCAUGGUUUUAUGAUCAAACACAUGAUAAUCCAUGUCAAAUUGAAAGAAGAUCAAUUGAAGAUGCAAUACCACGUUCAGCUUGUAUAUCAAUGGCUUAUUGUUCAACUGGUUCAAAUCGAGGUUAUGAUGAAUUAGUUCCACAUUAUAUUGAUGUUGUUCAUGAAACAAGAUUUUAUCCUAAAUGGGGUUAUCAAUCAGAACAAACAAAUGAAAAAACUGCUAUGAUUUCUAUUAAAAAAUCUCUCAAUAAAUUACAUAUUGAUCUUGCUCAACAAGGUUAUACUCAGUUAUUAGUUGAUCAAUUAACAAAAAAUGUUUUAUUAAUAACUCGUUAUAAUCCUUCAACACAUAAAUCAAUAUUAUUAAUUGCUUAUACAUCAUUUAUUGAAGAAAAUGUUCGUAUAAGUCCAUUAUCAAUUGAAGGAAUAAUUGAUGAAAUAAUAAUUGAAGCAUCAAUUAAUAAUAAUAAUAAUAAUAAUCAAGAAGAAAAUGAUUUAAUUAAAAAUUUUAAAAGAUCAAAUGAAUAUAUUAAUGGAAUUGAAUGUAAAAAUGUUUAUCUUAAUGAAAAUCUAUCAAUAGAUAAAAGUCGUUUUAUUCGUUUAACAUCAUCAAAUUCAAAAGAUUAUAUUGGAUUUCGAACAAUUGAAUUUACAGAAGAAUUUAAAAAAGGUUCAAUUAUUAUAUUAGAAAUUUCACUUCUUUCACAUAUUCAACAAUCAGUUAUUAAUAUAAAACAAUUAUUAAAUCAAUUUAAUAUUCAUGAUAGUCAAUUUAAUCAAAUUGUUAAACAAUUAACAUUAGUUGAUUUAGAACGUAUUAUUUAUCGAACAUCAAUUGAAGAACAAUCCGAUGGAAAAGGUUUUGAUGUUUAUUCAAUACCUGAUUAUGGAAAACUUAUUUAUUGUGGUAUUCAAGGACAAAUAUCUAUUUUAGAUAAAAUUCAUUUAUUUAAUCAAAUAAAACAUCCAUUUAUUAUUAAUUUAAAACAAGGAAAUUGGUUAAUGAUUUAUAUAUCAAAUAGACUUAAAAUAUAUUCAAAUACAAAACAGUUAGGAGAAUGGUAUGAAAAUGCAUUUGAAUAUAUAAGUAAAUUAUCUCGUUUAAUGAUUCCAAUUUAUUUUGAUUUAAUAUUAAAUGGUUCAUAUAAUAUAUUAAUUGAACAUAGUUAUCAAUUAAUGAGUCCAUUUAUAAAUCAAUCAUCAAUAUUUGUUAAAAAACUUUCUCAAUCAACAAUUCAAUUAAUAAGUUAUGUUCGUGAUGCACGUUUACCAUUAUUAUCACCAAAUUUACGUGAACCUCGUCCAUUAGAAGGAAAAGAUGAACAAACACUUGAAUAUGUUCAAUAUAGUCCAUCGUUAGCUGCAGGUUUUCCACAUUUUUCUGCUGGUAUAUGGAGAAAUUGGGGUAGAGAUACAUUUAUAUCAUUACGUGGUCUUCUUUUAUUAACUGGAAGAUAUGAAGAAGCUCGUUAUUUAAUAUUAUCUUAUGGUGGAUGUCUUCGUCAUGGUUUAAUUCCAAAUUUAUUAUCUGAUGGUAAAACAGCUCGUUAUAAUGCACGUGAUGCUGUUUGGUGGUGGUUAUAUUCAAUAUCAAUAUAUACACAUUUAGUACCUGAUGGUUAUGAUAUACUUAAUGAUAAAGUUUCACGUUUAUAUCCAACAAAUGAUAGUCCAGCACAAGCAGUUGGUUUACAUGAUCAAUUAUUAUAUGAUGUUAUUCAUGAAGCACUUUUACGUCAUGUUCAAUUAUUAACAUUUCGAGAACGUGGUGCUGGACAUUCUCUAGAUUCGAAUAUGAAUGAUCAAGGUUUUAAUAAUCAAAUUGGUAUUGAUACAAAAACUGGUUUUGUUUAUGGAGGUAAUCAAUGGAAUUGUGGAACAUGGAUGGAUAAAAUGGGUUCAAGUGAAAAAGCAUCAAAUAAAGGUCAUCCAGCAACACCACGUGAUGGUUCAGCUAUUGAAUUAGUUGCUUUAUCUCGUGCAACUAUUUCAUGGAUUAUUCAUAUGAAUAAACAAGGAUAUUAUCCUUAUGAUUCUGUUGAUACAUCUUCAGGAUCUAGUGGAAAAAUCAAAUUACUUUUUACUGAUUGGUUAAAUCGUAUUGAUGAAAAUUUUGAAAAAGAAUUUUGGAUUGAUCAAUCAAAUUCAUCGGAAUAUGUUAAUCGAAAACAAAUAUAUAAAGAUACAGUUAAUUCAACAUUUAAAUGGACUGAUUUUCAAUUAAGACCCAAUUUUAUUAUUGCUUCUGUUAUUGCUCCGGAAAUGUUUGAUAAAACUCAUAUAUGGUUAGCAUUAAAACAAGCUGAAACAAUUCUUUUGGGUAAAUAUGGAAUAAAAACACUUGAUCCAAGUGAUUAUAAUUAUGUUGGUGAUUAUGUAAAUGAUGAUGAUUCUCAUGAUUAUAAACGAGCAGGUGGUUUUAAUUAUCAUAAUGGUCCAGAAUGGUUAUGGUUAAUGGGUUAUUAUUUAAGAUCAAAACUUUAUUGGUCAAAAGAACAAAAUGAUCCAAUUAUAUAUAAACAAACAAUAAAACAUAUUCGACAAAUAAUAUCAUUACAAAUUGAUUUAUUUAAUUCAAAUGAUUGGAAAGGUUUACCUGAAUUAACAAAUGCUGAUGGACGUUUAUGUCCAUAUUCAUGUAAUCUACAAGCUUGGUCUUCAGCUACACUUAUUGAAGCAUUAUAUGAUCUUAUUAGAUCGUAA